AUGGACACCACUCAUAGCGCACAGCUGGCCUCUGCGCGUCAUUCCGUCAGGUGCGCUCUGACCAGCGUUUCCAGCGCUGCCUUUUUCAUGUGGAAAUGGUCAAUCCCAUACAGAAACAGAAACCUGCCUCAAGAUGAUGAUUACGCAGCGAUAUGGAAGACCGACCUUGACGAAGCAUGUAUCCGCGCGGCCUUACACAGUGUAUUCCCGAAUAUUGCGCUAGAUCAGCUGCCUGUCCAAGAGGAGCACAUACGACAAUUGAUACGCCAAAGUCUUCCCCCAAUCAACGAGGCACAAGAAAUGACAAUCGAAAAAGAAACACGCCAAAAGCAGCUGUGGGAACGGGAACCCGAAGAGGCUUGGCCACAAGUCCCAGAGAGUAUCCGCCGCAUGCUGGCUGCCGCCAACGCCAGCAACAUGGAAAAGAAGCUACAACUGCUCACUGAAGAAGAAUACCAUUCUUCGCAGGGACUGAGGGCCCUAUUGCGACACAAGUCCUCAGUUACCAAAUCGUUUAGAAUGUGGAGGCACGGAUUCGCCGCUGCCGUCAGCCGCACGGAGCGAAUCGGAGUUAACAUCUUCUUCAUCUUCCUUAUAUUCUGCGCCGUGUAUCCAAAUGUCGCGGCUGGGUUUCUCGACGAACGGUCAUACAAUCAGCGCUCUAUAGGAAGUCGAAUCAUGACGUUUUUCCAACUCUUCUUUCUGUGGACGUUUCCGUACCACUCUCUGUGGCUGCUCUUCAACUGGAGCCUCGAAAGACUCUUGGGCGGCCUGGUUGGAAGCACUGUAUAUGCAUUCAUUGCAAUCUUUCCGGCCGUCAGGAUCGCCUACAAAGAGCCCUGGUUCCGCACCAUGAUCCUGGUCCUGACCAUUGCGUGGCAGAUGGGCGUUCAAUUCUCCCCACUGGUUCGGGAGUACGUUGUGCGGCUCUUGACACGACAUCAAACGAGUCGCUCGCGGCGCAGCGGCAAACACGGAACCAUCUACUGGGCUUCGGUUGACAAAGCCUUACAUCGCGAGCUCGUUUCGCUCGAAGCAUACACCGAGAAGCAAUCGAGGUCUGGUGCCACUCUACAGCCCUGGCAAGAGGUCCCAAUCAAAGUGCGGACGGAAAGAUAUAUCCGAUUUACGCACUGCUUCAAAGUUGGACGUGGCGCUGAACAGCUUAUUGGCCUCCUCAAAGACGAUAUGGAGGGAAUUGUGAAUAUUUAUCAGGACUAUCUCUCUUCUGCGAGAGCUUUGCCCCCCGACGAAGAUGCGCCAGAGAAGAAUGUCAAGGAUCACAUGGAACCCCGACUCCCCAAACUCAUGCUGGUCAUUUUUGACAUUUUCAUCUUUGCUUACGUCUGCUUCUCGUUCUGGUCGCAGCCAUUUACAUUCAACACAGUCGUUGCGUGGAGUGCCGUGGUGAUCUUCAAGCAGACCAUUAUCCUGUGCAAGCGCUACCAAACAGUGGCCAAUGCCAGCAGAUUGUUCACUAACAUGGUCGCGUUCAAUAUUUGGGGUAUAUUCUUGGUAUCCUUGCCUGUAACUAUUGACAAGAAUGUGCUUCAGGACAAUGGUACCUGGGCCGCCCUGACUUUGGCCAUGGUAUUGGCAACGAUUUUUCUCAUCGAACCUAUUGCUCCUCUGUUCCUUAUUCUGACAGAGAAGAUGGUAACGGGCUCGCUGUGGCUUGAAGAUAAAUUGAAACGAAAAUGA